AUGAUGUCCUUCACCAAGUUCAUUCUCUUCAUCUUGUCCUUGCUCUCCGUUGUAUCCUCUGAAUCCGUUGAGGAGCACGGUUCAGCAGCCGGCCUUGGAAAUGUGGCUAUAGUCAACAGAAUGGGUACUACUCUCUACUUGUGGUCGGUAGAUCAAAACGAAGGUCCAAUGCACGCAGUUGUUCCAGGCGCCUCCUACCAAGAGACAUAUCGCCUGCGUCCCGAUGGCGGCGGCAUCUCCAUCAAGGUCAGCACAUCCCAGGACGUUAACGGCGAUAUAAUUCAGUUCGAGUACACUCAAGCCGGUGAAAAAGUCUUCUGGGACGUGUCGUGUGUAAACACCAAGGCUGGAUCACCGUUCUACGACAAGGGCCUCAUGCUUAUACCCUCAAGUUCGAAGGACUGUCCUCACGCUUUCGUCUGCCUUCCGGGCGAUUCCAAUUGCAAAUAUGUUUACCACAAAUCAAGCGAUGACGAUGCAAGCCAUGGCUGCCCUGUUAGCACAUCUUUCCACUUGAAGCUUGGCUUUUAA